AUGGCUAAAGGGGCUAGGAACGAGGGGAAAGCUAAGGCCAAAGGUAAAGUUAAGAAAGUAGGACCCUCGUCUUCUGAUAGGAUAAUCAAAACACGGUCGACGGAUGCAAUUGUGGGGGUCCAAGAGCUGGAAAUUCUCAAGGUUGAGGAAGGGGAUUAUGAGCAUCUAAGCAAGACUUCAAUACGAACUUGUGGAGAGAAAUCAAAUGGCUUAGCCGCCCCUCUGAAUCAGGGUAGGAAAAUUGGAAUCAAGACAGAACCAGAGGAUAUUGCUGAGGAGAUUAGUUACUGGCAACCUUCCAUUGUUUGUUAUGUCGUGGGAGCUAACCCUCCGGUCAAUAUUUUGGAUGGUUUUGUGAGAGUUCUUGAUGGUGGAUAUUUGUUUUUUGGCAAGAAGCCACUUGUUAUGAAACCAUGGAACUCAGUGGAUGAUUUCACUAAGGAGGACAUUACUAUAGUCCCUACUUGGAUUCAAUUAGGAGGAUUAGAUAUCAAGUAUUGGGGUGAGGGAUCUCUCUUCAAGAUUAUGGGGCAGAUAGGGAGACCAAUACAAGUUGAUAACUUCACAAAACAUAGGGACCGACUCUAUUAUCCUCGAAUCCUUAUUGAGGUUAGUAUGGAUCAGGAGUUUCCAACAACGAUUGGGUUCAUGAAUGAAUUUGACCAGGAAAUAGAAUUGCAAGUGGAAUAUGAAUGGAUUCCAAUAGUAUGUCACCUUUGUUCUGGGAUAGGACAUGAGACUAAGAUGUCUAGGAAGGAAACCCAAGUUAAGAAAACUUGGGUACCCGGAAACUGGUGA